CAUUUUUCACUGUUGGUGAUGGCGGAUGUUGACGAAAUAGACACUACGAAGAAUUAUAACAUAGCCGUUGAGAGGAUAGACCCCAUUACGAGUCGCUAUCCUUACUGUAUUGUUUGGACGCCCAUACCUGUUCUAUCAUGGCUCCUGCCCUUCAUAGGACACAUAGGAAUCUGCACUUCAGCCGGGGUGAUAAGAGACUUUGCAGGGCCUUACUUCGUCUCUGAGGACAACAUGGCCUUCGGGAGACCCACGAAGUACUGGAUGCUGGAUGUGAGCAAGGUGUAUGCCAGCGGCUCUAACGCCUGGGACUCUGCAGUACAUGAUGCCUCGGAGGAGUACAAGCACAGAAUGCACAACCUCUGCUGUGACAACUGUCACUCCCACGUGGCCAUGGCUCUGAAUCUGAUGCACUAUGACAACAGUACCUCCUGGAACAUGGUCAACGUGUGUCUGCUCGCGCUCAUCCACGGGAAGCACGUCAGCACGGUUGGCUUCCUGAAGACUUGGCUGCCCUUCCUCAUCGUGUCCUGUGUGAUCCUCAUCGUGGCCUUGACUCUCAACCUGGGCUGACACGCCCAGCACACCACAAUACAAUGUAACACAACACAACACAACACAGCACAACACAACACACCCCAACACAACACAACACACAACACACCACAACACAACACAACACAACACACCACAACACAACACAACACACCACAACACAACACAACACAACACAACACAACACAACGCAUCACAACACAACACAACACACCAUAACACACCACAACACAACACAACACAACACACCAGAACACACCAUAACACAGCCCAGCAAAUCACAACGCAUCACAGAUGGACCAGAGGAACGACCGAAGGAUCAGAGAGGGAUGGAGAGGAGAGGGAUGGAGAAGAGAAGAGAGGGGAGGAGUCGAUGGUAGCAGAGAGGAGGGAGACAACACCUGACGGAGGAAAGGGAGGAGAAAGGGAAUAUGGGGAGGAAAUGAAAGAAAAGGAGCAGCAACACCAACCCUCCUUCUCAUUAUGUUUAAUAACAGCAGUUAUUGAACAGCAUCUGAAAAAAGGAGAUGGUUCCGGCUUUAAAGGUGAUGCAACCAGGGCCUCACUAUCAACAAUGAAACCAGAAAAGGAAACAAAUGACAUAACACUUUUUUUCCUCAGUGCAAUAACAGUGCAAUGACACGAGGCUCCCACCACAGUUAGCCUCGUAAGUAACUCGUACAGAGACAUGCCGGAUGCCUUCUGCUAAAGGCAGCCUUCACGGCUACAGUUCACCUUGUUCAAACAUGGAGUUCAGUGUCUUGACUUCCUAGAAAUGUCUCCUUAAGGUUGUGAUCAGUCGCCAUGUUCACAAAGGCUCUGGAACUUCUCCUCUCACUUCAGCCUCCCGGAGAAGAGGACAUGGCCCCCUUUUUUUGAAAAUCGGUUGUGAUCUGUUUUUUAAUCUUGAUGCUCCACAGUUUCUCAUAUUUAAUGAACAAAAAAAGAAGUUUAGAAGUUGAUGUUUUCUCUCUUAUACAGCAUAUGCCUUCUGAAGAGUUGUUGCAAUUGUUUCCUCGGCUUGAAUUAAUGCAGCUUUUUGUAGCCCUUUUUCUCCUGUGCAAUAACUGCAGACAGGCAUGCCUUUACUUUGUUUAAUUUACAGUAUUUUUUUUUAUGUCAUUUUUGGAGUGAACACUUAACAUUUAUUUUGCUGCCUUUACUGAAUGUGUAUGUUAUAGUAAACCCAGCAGAUAUUUGCACCACAUGCUCUUGGAAGUUUUUAAAAGAAAAAACACUAUCUGUAGUUCACUGCACAUUUUGUACAUCGAACAUUCAGGCCACAGUCU